AUGCUCGGCUUUUCCAAAUCAGACAUAUCCGGUGCUUUUGAGCUCCCUACUGUGAUUACGAUCAUUUCAGAUUUGCCGACUUCAUUCGUUAUAGUAUUGUCUUUGGCGUCUGUGAUAUGCACAGCUACAGCAUCCCUUGGUGUUCUUCAUAUAUUAUACAUCUCAGUAUAUAUUACACAAUCAGAUAGACGGUUAUUUAUCGUCUACCUAGCUAGCACAGCCCCUUUCGUCUCUAUGCUUUCAUUAGUCGCUAUGUUUAUGCCCAGAGUAUGGUUCCUAUCGCAUCUCAUAAGUUUUCUCAGAAAGGUGAGAAUAUGCGAGCUGAUGGUGCUACAAGCUCCAUGCGUACGUUUGUUCGCCACCUUAGCCAGUCUUGUGAUAUAUUUCGAGUACCAGGACAAGGGUUUAAUACCUUUGAAAGUCCUCGAUUUUAUCACUCUUCCAUCAUUACUGGCUGGUAUCUACGCUACUCACAUUUUGGUGACCACUGUAUCUCGUCUGGACGAGCUGAUUUCGUACCGUUAUAUUGUGGCAUUUCGAAUUCUCGACCUUUUCUUCAUGUUCUUUGGUUUACAACAGCCCAUAUUUGAUAUCCUUGCUAGAUAUGGAGUUUUUGGCUGCGGAACCGUCUUACCAGCCAUUGAAACGUCAUUUUUCUGGAAAAACUUCUUUACCGUGAUCGAGUCAUUUCUGGUCACUUUGAUCUCAACCGUAUUGCUACAGCCUUCGAAGUCGUCCUUCUUCGAUAAGCAUCCCAGUUGCAGAUCUAUGACGUCUUCGCGAAACAGUCACACAAAUGAAACACCUACUUAA